AGCACAGGCACGCUCCGAACUCCCUGAGAGUGAAGGGAGAAGAGAGGAGAAAAGGUAAAGAAGGAGCAGAGCACCACAACCAGCUUUACAAUCACUCAUACACACACUCAACUUGACCUGUGGACUCUGGCCUGUUUGCAGGACUCUAAUCCCUAUCCAUACCAUUCCUCUCACGCUCCUCCAUCGCAAACUUCUCCCACAAGCAGUGGGGAUGGGGCAGUCCUUCUUCAGUGGUGCCCUUGGUUGUGCCCUGUUGGCCCUGGCUCUGGGGGGCAGCAUGGAUGUGGGGGGCACAUCUGUUGGCUUCUACCCACGCUUCAACCCCUUCUUCUUCCUGUGCACCCAUCAUGGCGAGUUGGAGGGGUCUGGGAUGACAGAAGGAGGGGGAGAGGUGCUGCUCACCUUACAGAUCGUUGGGAAUCCCACUGCCUAUGUCCCAGGACAAGAGUAUCAAGUGACAGUCUCCACUAGUACAUACUUUGAUGGCCUUCUAGUCACUGGUCUUUACACUUCCACCACUGUCCAAGCAGCACCCAUUCCCGCACCUGCUGCCUUUGGAUUUGGAGUGAUGUCAGAGCGACAGUUUGGGACUCAGUUUGUGUGCAGUGUGGUGGCAUCUCAUGUCAGUCAUCUUCCCACAACCAGUCUCAGCUUUGUGUGGAUCGCCCCGCCACCCGGCACAGGCUGUGUGAAUUUCCUAGCUACAGCCACACAUCGAGGACAGAUCAUCUUCAAGGACACUCUAGCCCAGCAGCUGUGUGAACAGGGAGCCCCUACAGAAUCUCCAUUGCGACCUAAUUUAGCUGAGGUUCAUGGAAACCAUGCAGUACUUCGUGAUGAUUUUGACUCUAAUCUGCAAGGAGAACUGGAUCUCAACAUCUGGUCAGACUGCAGUAACUGUGAAGUGGGCGCGCAGUGUGGUGUGCUGUUGCAUGGCAAAGCAGUCACUUUCUGUGAACCCCUGGGACAGCGAGAACUGACCACAGUGGCUCUGAACACAAGCACUGCCUCAGUGUUGCAGUUUGCCUUCGGCUCUGGAUCCUGUCGCUUCAGUUAUUCAGAUCCCAGCAUACUUGUCUCCUAUAGUCUAAACAGCUCAGACGAGUGGAUCACCUUGGAUAAGAUCAGGGCUCCCACAAAUAGCAGCACAGUAGUACAUCUCUUGCCAAUGCCACCAGGCAGUAGGGGAGAGGCUGUGCGACUGCGAUGGACUCAGGAGGCUGCACUAGUGUCUGAUGGCUAUGAGUCCUGCUGGGGAUUGGACAAUGUAUUGCUAGUCAACAUGGCUCACAAGCCCACCCUGCUGGAAGACAACCUAGAUCCUCUGGAUACUGCCAACUGGCUUUUUUUCCCCGGAGCCACUGUGAAGCAUGCUUGUCAAUCAGAGGGGAACUCGCUGUACUUCCAUGGUGGAGAGGGAGUGGGCCAUAGUUUUGCUUCUACUCGGGACAUUGAUCUCCACCGGGAAGAAGGACAGAGCUACUGGGAGGAGAACUUUGAAAGUCCCCCCAGUGGCUGGGACAUUGAGGGGGCAGUAUAUGGCACUCAGUGCGGGGAAAUUGAGUCUGGCUCAGCACUAGUGUUCCUUGGGGAUGACGUGAGAAAGGUGUGCACUCCCUACCUGGACACAACGUCUUAUGGCAACCUGCGUUUCUAUUUUACUAUGGGUGGUGGUGAGUGCGACCCUGGAGAGUCACAUGAAAAUGAUGUUAUCGUCUUUGGGCGGUCACAGGGAAGAAGAGAUCAUGUGCUUUUGGACACACUUCCUUUUAGUGCCUACAGGACCCCUACUGUGGUGUCAGUGGCCUUGCCUGUAGAGUUGCAAUCUCCUGUGACCCAGUUCUGUCUGGAACAGAAGUUUCAUGCUGGAGCUAACCGUCAUGUAUGGGCAGUGGACUUUCUGCAGCUGUUGCCAGUGCUGCCUGGUGCUCACACACACAUGACCCAGUUUUCAGUUAACCUCGGCUGUGGUUCCUACCAGCCUGCUAACAGUGUAAAUUUGGAGUUCUCAACCAAUCAUGGUCGGUCCUGGUCCCUCCUGCACACGGAGUGUCUGCCUGAGCUGUGUUCAGGGCCACACCUUCCCCACAGCACAAUCUACUCAUCUGAAAACUACAGCGGGUGGACAAGAAUUUCCAUCCCUCUUCCCAAUGCGGCCCUCACAGAGAGCACUCAGUUCCGAUGGAGACAGACUGGAAGUGGAACUGGGAACAUGUGGGCCAUUGACAAUGUUUAUGUCGGACCAUCCUGCCUACGUUUCUGCUCAGGAAGAGGACAUUGCUCGCGCACCGGGUGCAAGUGUGACCCAGGUUUCAGUGGUCCAGCAUGUGAGCUUGCAUCUCAAACCUUCCCUGCAUUCCUAUCAGAGGGUUUCUCCAGCUCAAGGCUCUCCUCUUAUCACAGCUUCUCUUCUAUGCGUGGAGCCGAAGUCAGUUUUGGCUGUGGGGUUUUAGCCAGUGGCAAAGCCUUGGUUUUCAACAGAGACAACAGAAGACACUUGGUCACUGCCCCACUGGACAGCUCACAGGCCAGAUAUCUGCAGUUCACUCUGAGAUUGGGAAGCCGUAGUACCCUCAGUUCCUGUCCUGCUCCAGAUCAGCCUGGAGAGGGUUUACUGCUCCAUUACUCCUCAGACAAUGGCAUCACCUGGACCUUGCUGCAGCAUUACCCUUACCAGGGCUUCCAUGAGCCCAGGAUUGUGUCAGUAGAGCUCCCCCCAGGUGCACGGAACUUUGGAGUCCAGUUCCGCUGGUGGCAGCCAUACCACUCGGGUCGUGGGCAGGAUGUAUGGGCACUGGACGAAAUCAGCAUGACCUCUGUGCUCUUUAACACCAUUAGUUUGGACUUCAGCAAUGUGCUGGAUGUCACUCAGAGUUUGGGCUUUUACCUGGGGCAUGUGCAGCCCUACUGCCAGCAUGACUGGACACUCAGUUUCUGUGGAGAGCCCAACCCUGGAUCUAGUAUCCGCUAUGUGGAGACUCAGUCCAUGCAAAUUGGAGCUUCCUACACGCUGCAGUUUUCCCUGGUAAUGGGCUGUGGUCGUGAGCCCUCCCCUCACAUUGACACACAAGUUCGGCUGGAGUUCUCUACUAAUCAUGGCCUGACCUGGCACCUGGUCAAAGAGGCCUGCCUUCCAGGUAUGCCUAGCUGCUCUGAGUUCACUGCCCCCAGUGUCUACCAUCCUUCUGAGUUCACGGCCUGGAGAAGGAUCACCCUUCCCCUGCCUCAGAAAACAUGGUCCAGUGCCACUCGGUUUCGCUGGAUCCAGAACUAUUACAGUGAGCAGGACGAGUGGGCACUAGAUGACAUCUACAUUGGGCAGCAAUGUCCUCAAAUGUGCCAUGGACAUGGCUGGUGUGACCAUGGUCACUGCAGGUGUGAUGAGGGCUUUUCUGGUACAAAAUGUCAGCCCACUUCCUCGCUGUCCUCCAGUGUACUCUCAGACUUUGAGUCCCAGGAAGCACUAAUGGUCACAUGGCAGGAGGUGAUUGGUGGAGAGAUAGUUACUCCUGACCAGGGUUGUGGUGUUGUGUCAUCUGGAUCUUCUUUGUACUUUAGCAAGGCUGGAUUGAGACAGCUAGUGAGCUGGGACCUGGACACAGAAUGGGCUGAGUUUGUGCAGUUCUACUUGCGCGUGGGUGGAGACUGGGUGGAGUGUAACCAAGCCGAUAGCAGGGAGGAGGGAGUUCUUCUGCAGUACAGUAACGAUGGUGGCAUUAGCUGGGGCCUGAUUGCAGAGAUGUACUUCACUGAUUUUACCAAACCUCGGUUUGUUCAUUAUGAGUUGCCACUGGCUGCUAAGACUCCAUGUACCCGGUUCCGCUGGUGGCAGCCCCUCAAUUCAGGUGAGGGCUAUGACCAGUGGGCUAUUGAUGAUGUCAUCAUUCUCUCUGAGAGGGAAAAGCAUGUUAUUCCAAUGGCUAAUCCUACUCUUCCUCAGAACUUCUAUGAGAAGCCAGCGUUUGAUUAUCCACUGAACCAAAUGAGUGUGUGGCUGAUGCUGGGCAAUGAGGGAAUGGACAAGGAACGAAAUGGUAGUUUCUGUGCCCCCACGCCCUCAGCUAUGGUAUUUGGAAGAUCUGAUGGGGAUAGAGUGGCUGUGACUCGAGACCUUGCCCUCCGCCCUGGCUACACAUUGCAGUUCAAGUUGAACAUUGGGUGUGAGUCAGAGUUCAGCGCUUCAGCUCCUGUGAUGCUUCAAUAUUCUCAUGAUGCCGGGCGUACCUGGGCUCUGGUACUUGAGGGCUGUUUUCCAGGUUCUCCUGGUACAGCAGGUUGUGAAGGCAGUGGGCGUGAGCUCAGGGAACCUACUAUCUACAACAUAGGAGACUAUGAGCGCUGGACCAGGGUUACUGUUCUAAUUCCACGCAAUGUGGCUGCAAGUAAAACACGGUUUCGUUGGUUCCAAGAGAGCAGUGUUCAUCAAGAUGCACCUGCAUUUGCUCUGGACGGUGUUUACAUCUCUGAGCCUUGUCCCAAUCACUGUGGGGGUCAUGGGGACUGCAUCUCAGGAGUCUGCUUCUGUGACAUGGGAUACACAGUGGAACAGGACAGCUGUGUGCCAUCUGUCCCUAGUCCCUCUGAGUUGACUGAGAGCUUUGAGGGGAAGUUAAGUCCUCUUUGGCAGAGAAUUAGCGGAGGCCAUAUAGGGGGUGGCUGUGGUACCAUCAGUGAGGGAAAGGCCCUCUACUUCAGCAGCUCUGGCCAACGAGAGGCUCGCACUGUGCCCCUGGAUACUACCAGUACCCGGCUUGUUCAGUUCUACAUCCGGAUUGGUGGGAAGAACAUGGGUCCAACCUGCACUAGGCCUCGCUCCCGCAAUGAAGGGGUGAUAUUGCAGUUCUCAACCAGUAAUGGUGUGCAGUGGCACUUUUUGCGAGAGUUGGACUUUGGUUCCUUUCUAGAACCACAGGUAGUGACUGUUGAGCUGCCCCCUCAGGCAAAGGCAUCCUACACGGUGUUCCGUUGGUGGCAGCCCCAACAAGGAAAACACUCAGCCCAGUGGGCACUUGAUGAUGUUUUGAUCGGGAUGAACGAUAGCUCCAGAACGGGGUUCCAUGAUAAGUUUGAUGGAACAUCACCCUUAAGGCACAACUGGUUCAGAGUAGUUGGUGGAGAAGUGAUAGUAGAUUGCCUUUCCCUGGACACAGCCCUGACUUUCCAGACUGAUCCAGGAAACAAGCGGCCACGCUAUGCAGAGAGCUGGGACUUUGAGGUGUCAGGUUCUUCAUUCCUCCAGUUUGAUCUUAGUAUGGGCUGCAGUAAGGCUGUAAGUCCAGCCCACGGAGUGCACCUGGAGUUUUCCACUGACUGUGGACGCCACUGGACACUGCUAACACCUGAGUGUGUGCCACCUGCUAUUGGAUGUGCCGAAUACACUCAGAGCUCAAUCUACAGCGCUCCGCAGUACUCCCGCUGGAGGAGGAUCACUGUCUAUCUGCCCAGUGCUGCAAAUUCUCCCAGAACAAGGUUCCGUUGGAUCCAGUCUCACUUCACUCCUGGAGCAGACAGCUGGGCCCUAGAUAAUGUGCUGCUGGCUCCUGGCUGUCCCUGGAUGUGUUCUGGACAUGGCCUGUGUGACAAUGGGCACUGUGUGUGUGACAGAGGUUAUGGUGGGGUCCACUGUGUGCCUGUGACUCCCUUGCCCCAUGUUCUUAGGGAGGACUUCAAUGAGAACCUAGAGGCAGAGAUCUGGCCUGAGGUGUAUGGGGCAGAAAGGGGUACAUUGAGUGGAGAGCCUCUGAAAUCAGGCACAGCUCUCAUCUUUAAAGGAGAAGGAUUACGUAUGCUUGUUUCACGGGAUCUUGACUGCACAAGCACUCUGUACAUCCAGUUUUCAUUUAAGUUUAUUACAAAGGGAGUGCCAGAGCGUUCUCACUCCGUGUUGCUGCAGUAUUCAGUGAAUGGCGGGAUCAGUUGGAUGCUACUGGAUGAAUUCUACUUCCCCACUUCCACUGACACACUUUUCCUACAUUUGGCACUGCCCCCUAGUGCUCAGACUAAUGCUACACGCUUCAGACUGUGGCAGCCUUACAACAAUGGCAAGAAAGAGGAGGUGUGGGUGAUUGAUGAUCUAAUCAUUGAUGGCAGCUCACUGAACAACCCGCCAGUUCUAUCAGAGAGUUUUGAGGGUGGGCCUCGGGAUUUUAACUGGUUGUUCUUCCCAGGGGGCAAUAUUGGUCUCUACUGUCCAUACCAGAAGGCAGGACUGGAGGAUGACUCAGCCUUGGUGUUUGUGUCAAGUGAGCUAGGAGAACACUCAAUAACCACAAGAGAUAUUGAUGUCAAUGAGAACACUAUUAUACAGUUUGAGAUCAAUGUGGGAUGUACAGCAGAGAGCUCUUCGUCAAACCCUGUGCGCCUGGAGUUCUCCAGGGACUUUGGGGCCACAUGGCAUCUCUUGGUUCCUCUGUGUGCAGGCACACCAACAUCCAGCUCCCUCUGCUCCACUGAGCUCCACCCUGCCAGUAUAUACUACCAUGGCACUACCCAAGGCUGGAGGAGGGAAGUCAUUCACCUCGGCAAGCUACAUCUGUGUGGGUUAAUACGGUUCCGUUGGUACCAGGGGUUCUUUUCCUCUGGCAUGACACCACCUGCCUGGGCUCUAGACAACGUUUAUAUUGGCCCCCAGUGCCAGGACAUGUGCAGUGGCCAUGGAGCGUGUGUGAGGGGUACCCACUGUGAGUGUGACCCUGGUUACUCUGGCCCAGGCUGCUCUGUUCCAGAUGCAUCAAACCCAGACUUCUUAAAAGAGGACUUUGAAGGAGGUGCUUUGGAGUUUGAGCAUUUCAAAGUGCUGAGUGGAGGAAAGCCUUCCAGGAAGUGUGGCAUCAUGACUAGUGGAAACCAUCUGUUCUUCAGUGAGGAUGGUUUGCGCAUGUUGGAGACUACAGACAUGGAUCUGUCUAAUGCCAGGUUUAUACAGUUUUUCCUACGGUUGGGUUGUGGGAAAGCUGCUCCUGAUCCACGUUCCCAGCCUGUAUUACUUCAAUACUCAGUGAAUGGAGGAUUGUCUUGGAGCAUACUGCAGGAAUUUCUGUACAGCAACAGCAGUAACCAGGCUCACUUGGUGGCCCUGGAGAUUCCUCUGCGAGCACGCACCACUGAAACUCGUCUACGUUGGUGGCAGCCAUCUGAAAAUGGUCAUUUCCAUAGCCCGUGGGUCAUUGAUAAGGUGGUGGUGGGUGGCAGUGCCAGUGGCUGGGGUCCUCUGGAGGAUGACUUCUCUGCCGCAGAUGCACGUUCUUGGCUGCUUCACCCUGGUGGCACACGUAUGCCUGUGUGUGGCUCUGAUGGCGAGGCAUUUGCCUUUAUUGAGAAGUCUAACACUCGCUAUGGUGUCACUACUGAUAUCAGUGUGGGGCAGGAUGCCUUCAUCCAGUUUGAUUUCUCUGCUUCCUGCUCUGUCACUGCAUCCUGCUACUCGGUGGAGCUGGAAUACUCUCUGGACCUUGGACUGACUUGGCACCCACUCUUGAGGGACUGUUUACCCACUAGUCCAGACUGCUCCUCCUACACACUCCAAAGGCUAUUAGUUUCAGACACCUACAACAAAUGGGGAAGAGUUACUUUGCCCAUUCCACCUUAUGCAAGGUCUCCAGCUACACGAUUCCGCUGGUUCCAGCAGGCUCCUUUUGACAAGCAGCAGACCUGGGCUCUGGACAAUCUCUACAUUGGAGAUGGCUGUCCUGAAAUGUGCUCUGGCCAUGGUAGAUGCAAGCAAAAUUCCUGUGUUUGCGACCCUGAGUGGGGAGGUGAGUACUGUGAUGAAGCCCUGGUACCCCUCCCGUUUCAGCUAAAGGACAGUUUUAGUCGUGCACCUUCACUCAACCACUGGCAUCUGCUGACUGGAGGAAAGCUGAGUAGUGUGUGUGGGGCUGUAGCUUCUGGAGCAGCCCUGCACUUUAGUGGGGGCUGCACUCGUCAGCUGAUAACUGUGGAUUUGAACUUGACCAGUGCUGAGUUCAUACAGUUCUACUUCAUGUAUGGAUGCAUGGCUCCCCCUACUAACCGAAACCAGGGUGUCUUGCUGGAGUUUAGCCAGAAUGGUGGCAUCAGCUGGAGUUUGCUGACAGAGAUAUUCUAUGACCAAUACAGCAAGCCAGGGUUUGUAAAUGUGCUACUGCCUCCUGCUGCUCAGGCAGUAGGAGUACGUGUGCGCUGGUGGCAGCCACAGCACGAUGGAGCAGACCGCAGUGACUGGGCUCUGGAUAAUGUGCUCAUUUCUGGCUCAGACACCCGCACUCAAAUCUCUGACACAUUUGGUGGCAUUGCAUUACCCAAUCAUGAGAGAGCUCCAGCUGAUGGAACACCUACUGGCCGCACAGUGAACCAAGAUGAAGAGAGCAGCACAGUGAGUGAGCACUGGUUGUUCUCUGAGGACUGUUCUGUGCAGCGGUUCUGCCAUUCCCCAGAUGGGGUUAUGGUGUGUGGCAAUGUUGAUGGCCGAGAAGUAUACGCCGUCACUCAUGACAUUGUCCCUGAAAAAGGUUGGGUCAUGCAGUUUAAGAUUGCUGUUGGUUGCACUGUGCCAGAGAGACAUGCUGAGCGACAGGUUCAUGUCCAGUAUUCACUGGACUUCGGUGUUUCAUGGAAGUACUUGAUGCCUCAAUGCCUUCCUGCUAACCCCCGCUGUGGGGGACAAGUAUCCCAACCCUCUGUCUUCUUCCCUGCAGAGGGCUGGAAAAGAGCUGUCUACCCUCUGCCUGACAGCCUCGCAGAUAUAGCAGUUCGAUUCCGAUUCUAUCAGCAGUGCUCGGACAUGCAGUGGGCAGUGGAGAACUUCUACAUUGGGCCUGCAUGUAAGAACCAUUGCAGAGGCCAUGGAGACUGUCUGGAUCAGCGUUGCCUCUGUGACCCAGGAUUUUCUGGACCCAACUGCUAUGCCAGCUCUGUCCUGAAGCCAUCCUUGAAGGAACGUUUUGAGUGGCAAGGAAUCCACGGGUCACAAUGGCAGGUUUUGGAAGGGGGUCACCCAUGCGUUGACUGUGGAGUACUGGUCGAGGGCAAAGCAUUGUACUUUAAUGGAGCUAAUGCAAGGCAGGCUGUCACUGCUGACCUAGAUCUGCGUGGAGCCAAGUUUGUUGAGUACUGGGCCAAAAUCGGAAGUGAGGGCAAUAUGAGUCUAUGUCAUCGUCCAACGUGUAGAAAAGAGGGUGUUCUGCUGGAUUAUUCCACUGAUGGAGGUGUGUCAUGGACACUGCUUCAUGAGAUGGACUAUUUGAAGUAUGUGUCAGUAAGAAGGGACUACAUUAUUUUGCCAGAGGGAGCUCUGACAAAUGCUACACGUCUGCGUUGGUGGCAGCCAUUCACUGUGUCUUCAGGCCUGGUAACCCCCAAUCUUGGACGUGCACAGUGGGCUUUAGAUAACAUCCUGGUGGGAGGCUCUGACAUCAACCCCAGCACCCUACUAGACACUUUCGAUGAUGAAGGUACAGCACAUGAAGAAAGUUGGAGUUUCUAUCCAAAUGCUGUGCGAACAGCUGGUUUCUGUGGAAAUCCCUCUUUUCACCUCUACUGGCCCAAUAAAAAACAAGAUGGAACUCACAAUAUUCUAGUCACUCGGGAGCUUAUUGUCCAACCAGGAUAUAUUUUACAGUUUAAGAUUGUGGUUGGUUGUGAAGCAGACAGCUGUGAGGAUUAUCAUUCAGUGCUUCUACAAUACAGGAAAGAUGCCAGGUCAGACUCAUGGCAGUUGGUACAGUCCGCCUGCCUUCCCUCUUCAGUGAACAAUGUGGGCUGUUCCCCGUUCCAGUUCCAUGAGUCCAGUAUCUACAGCCCAGUUAACAGCUCAGUAUGGACGAGAAUUACUGUGCAGUUGCCUGACCACGUCUCCUCUGGUGCUACACAGUUCCGCUGGAUUCAGAGAGAAGGUGCCGGUGAGCAACAUGGCUGGGGAGUUGAUCAUGUCUACAUUGGUGAAGCCUGUCCAGGUCUGUGUAGUGGGCAUGGGUACUGCACCAACGGAGCAAUCUGCAUCUGUGACGAAGGGCACCAUGGUGAUGAUUGCUCUCUGUCCAACAGUGAUCUUCCCACCUCUAUCAAGGACAAUUUUGAGUCUGGUUCAGUGUCUGAAGAGAGCUGGAGUGUAAUUCAGGGUGGAGGGGUCAGCAGUGGCUGUGGGCAGCUUUCCCCACAUGCUCAUGGAGAUUCCCUUUAUUUCAGUGGUUGCAAGAUGAGGCAGGCCAUCACCAAGCCUCUGGACCUUACCCGGGCCAGCAAGAUUAUGUUUGUGCUGCAGAUUGGCAGUGUGUCUCAAACAGACAGCUGUAACUCAGCUUUGGACCAGGUUGAUACUGUGGAUAGGGCUGUACUGCUCCAGUAUAGCGUCAACAAUGGAGUCAACUGGCAUGUUAUUGCUCAGCACCAACCCAAAGACUUCAUCAAGGCCCAGAGAGUCUCCUACAACAUUCCACUUGAGGCACGUGUGAAAGGGGUACAGCUGCGAUGGUGGCAGCCACGUCAUGGUGGUGCAGGACAUGACCAGUGGGCUCUAGACCACGUGGAAGUAGUUCUGGCAGGGCAUGUGCCCCCCCAAAUCUUUCUGCAUGCCAGCAGCAGCUCCCAUGUAUCCUCCUCCUCUCGCACUCUAAUCUCUGCUCUCUUCUAUAUUCUGCUCCCCUGACAUGGCUGUAGAGUCAGCACCCGUAAACAAAACU